AUGGGUUCUGCAAAUGAUAUUUGGCAACUAUUGGUGAACUAUUGGCCAGUUCUUCUUGGGAAUACAUUAGAAUGGUAUGAAUUCGCUGUGUACGGCUAUUUGGAGAGUUACAUGGAGAGGAACUUCUUCCGUGGUUCAGCCUUGGCGACCUGGCUUGGUUUCACCGCAACGUUCGUGGCGCGGCCCUUGGGAGGGAUGUUUCUGGGGAUUCUCAGCGAUAGCUUCGGCCGAAAGGUGGCGGUGGUGAUCACCGUCAUUGGGAUGUUGGCAGCCACGGUUGGACAAGGAUUACUUCCAACACCCAGAGGCUGGGGAGAAGAGAGUUUCGCAGGGCAACUGGGCCUCUAUAUGUUGUUUAUCUUACGACUGGCACAAGGACUUUGCACUGGGGGUGAGAUUGGUGCUGUGUCCACGUAUAUCACAGAGGUGGCCGCGCGCAGAUCCAUGGGAAGAUGUGUGGCCUUCAUUUCUAUCACAGCCAAUUUGGGUUUCAUGUUUGCCAGGGAAGUGAUCUGGGCCUUUCAGUCACGCAUUGGUGAAGAGGAGAUGUUGACCUGGGGUUGGCGCUGGCCCUUCCUGUUGGCUUUUAUUCCCGGAGUGAUCAGCGUGACAGGAAGGCUGUUCUGUUUGAAGGAGACGGAACUGUUUGAGCAGGAACAUGUAGCCUUACUGGAGGAGGAGGAUGAAGAGGUGCUAGUAAAAGAAGAGAGAAGUUCUGAGAGAAAGUCAACUCGGCGGCACUUGCAAGAGUUUGCAUGUACUCACUUUGUUGAGGUACUGAUUGGCACGGGAGGGGUGAUAUCCUUUGCCGUCUUCCAAUAUGGUGGUUUGGUAUGGGUGAACUCCUUCCUAAAGAAACAUGGUGCUCCUGUGAACUAUCUGAUGAUGGCAGGAACUUGCUCCAGGCUGUUGCAGAUGAUUUUGGCCUUCCCGGUGGGUUGGUUGGCGGACCUCUAUGGCACUGCCUUCGUCACGCUGGCCGGUGCGCUGGUGCAGACUGCUGCAGGGCUGCCGCUGUUCCUGGCGCUUGAAGCGGAGCCUACCAGUGUGGCCAACCUUUUUGUCACCUAUACCUUUGGAUAUAGCUUCGUCGCAGUGCUUCAGUUCACCAUCUACUUGUACUGCGCAGAACUUUUCCCUACCGCUGUCCGAACCCUGGGCGUUGGAGUCAGCUACAACAUUGGCUUCGGCCUCUUCGGCGGCUUCGCCCCGCUGCUGGCGGAGGCAUCGCUGGAGUGGUCGCCCUAUGGCCCCGGGCUGCUGCUGUCGCUGGCCGGCUUCGUGACCGUGGUGACCAUCGUGGGCAGCGUCCAUUUGUUGGAGCAUGGGAAGGUGACCAUUGCCACGGCACGUGGCUCAAGCGCACCGGCCAAAACAGGUGCUGACUUUUGCUCGCUGCCAGUGUGGGGUGAUUCUCACACUGGUAGCGGAGCUGUUGCUCCGGGGCCAAGCGGCCUAACCUUUCGCCCGCGCUUCGUAGCGCUUGCAGCAGGGCACAUGGCGCUGCUGGAAACCUUCAAGUACAAAAACUUUGUGGCUGCAGAGGACCUGGCAUCGUUCACUGACAGCAAGGGUGGCAACCUUCCGAGGUUCAAUGGAGAUCCAACGAAGCUGAUGGAAUAUUCUUGGCGAGUGAGGGCCAGGAUAGCCAGAGAACAGUUGCUGCCUGAAGAUGAGCGCAAGAAAUGCGGACCUCUUGGACUUCGCCUUGCAGAGCACUUGUCCGGUCCUGCCUUGCGCGUUGCUCAGUUGAUGUCAACCUCAGACCUAGCUGCAGAAAAAGGUGCUGAAACGUUGUUGAAGAAACUUGGUGAGAGUCUGAAACCUAGAAGGAUUCAAGAAGCACGUGAGUUGUACCAAGCAGGAGCACAACCUGGAGGUGUUUUGUCCAGGCAACCACAAGAACCCAUGGCCACAUACCUUGUCAGGCGUCAAGCAUGGCACAGUGCUAUGAUUGAUUUGAACAGUGACUUGAAGUUGCCAGACUUGAUACUGGCUGAACAAACCCUGACAAACGCAGGUAUUUCAGAGAGUAUGCAACUCUUGAUCAGGUCUGCCAUAGGUGGUGACAUGACUCUUGAAAAGGUGAGCACUGAGCUGAUCGCCCAGCAUGCUCGCAUCCAUGAACGUGAACAUGGAGCUUCGCACCACCGUGGCAAGGGCUAUGGCAAGCACUGGCGCUCUCAUGGAAGUCGCAGCCAACACCAUGGCUACAUGGCUGAAGAGACCUAUGAGUGGGAGACUGCCGAGGCCUAUCAGGCUGAGAAUGACAACUAUGGUGACGGCUAUGAUGAAGCCGACUAUGACCAUGGACAUGAAGAUGAACCAGUUGAUGAAGGCCAACUUCUGGCCAUGCUGGCUGAUGAUGGACUCGACCUUGGAUGUGAAGAGUCAAUGGAGUAUGCAGCUGAUGUGAUUCAAGCUGACCUUGAAGCCUUCUACGCACGAGACCGUGCUGUGCAGAAGGGCAUCAAGGGCUUCAAGGGGAAAGGCAAGGGCAAGGGCGGCACACGUCACUUUGACGUCUCUGGCCAGCUCUCCUUGUCUGAACGCCAGCAGAAGUUACAGUUGCUCAAGGCCAAGACCUCUUGUCGUCGAUGUGGACAAGUUGGCCACUGGAGUGGCGACCCUGCAUGCCCCAAGGGCAAAGGCAAGUCCAAGACCUUUGCCACCACUUCGACACCAGACAAGGGAGACGGCAAGAACAAGCACAAGCCUCGCACUGUCUACUUUGCAGUGCAUGAUGAUGGUGGAUCUUCUGGACUUCAUGGAUUCAUGGCACAGAAGUACAACGCUGUGCCACCACCAUCCAGUCUCCAAGAAGGUCAAUAUGUUGACAACCCUACUGCACGUGGACUUCCUGCAGCACAUGGACUUCCAGCUGCUCGUGCACAGGGUUCUGAUGAUGUUCCUGCUCAAUAUGCUGUGGUUCCAAGUUUGCAGAAUGAUGUUAGCGAUGGAAGCGUGCUCACAACUGAAGAGCUUGACAACAUGAUGCUGGUCAACGCUCUUGGAGUGGCUGAAACCCGAGAUGAUGGCAGAGUGAUCUAUGAGAUGCCAUCUGAACUUGCGGGAUAUGGACUUCCACGUGAUCUCCAAGGUCUCUCUGGACUUUUCCGAGACCUUCCACGUCUUCCUGAACGACUUGAGAUCACUGACUUUGAUCAUGCCGCAAGAUCUUCACAGCCUGUGACUCCAGAACGGCCAUCACCUGUUGCUCAGGUACCUCAAGCUGCAGCACAACAACUCCCUGCUGAACUUCCAGCGCCUGCACCUGCCAAAGCGGCAUCACCAGCCGCAGUGUGUCGGCAUGUCAAUGUCACGACACGUGGCAGCAAUGGAUACUACCACAUCAAGAAGUGCCUUGACUGUGGCGUUACGUUGUCCAGGGAGCCCAAGAUGCCAACCACUGCUGCCUCAACUCCGCCGAAUGCACCAGAUCCUGCAGGUGGCACAUGCACACACAGAAAUGUCACCUGGCAUGGAACUAAUGGCUAUCGAUGGCGACGCACAUGUCGCGACUGUGGUGAAGUUCGCACUGGACCUGUUGGCACCCAACCUGCGAGCUCAACAACAAGGACCAAUGCCAGAGCUUCCUCUUCUUCUGUGGUGAUGCCGGGAACUGUGGAGCAGAUCUUGACCGUGGAUCAACUUCCUCGUCUUCGACAGAUGCUGGACUUUGCACUGCGCACCAAGGAGACGCAUUCCCAAGCUGGUCAAGAGAUCGCAUCCACUGAACUUCACAUGCUGCUGGACUACGCGAUUGGCGUUUCUAGCAUGGAUGCAGCUCCACCAGUUUCCGAGUACCAGACUCCCAGAAGAUCAACAACGUACUCUCAGCACUCUGCAACACCGAAGUCAAGAGCGAGUGCAUCAACACUUGGUCCAGCUGAACACCUUGAUGACAUGGGCCAGAGGAUUGUCAACUUUGGCAAAUUCAAGAACCAGACCUACUACCAGGCUUGGUGUGAUUUGGACUAUGUUGAAUGGGCUCUCCAAGAAGAACAAAAUGUUCUCCGAAGUGGCAAGACUAUGAGUUCUGGACUUCGACAUCUGUGCCACUACUUCAAGGAGAUGCGUCGCAGCUCAUCCUCAGCCUCUGCACCAGCUGUUGGACUUAUGGCGGUGACAGAGCCUUCCUCUCAACUUGGCAGUGAGGAUGAUUUGAUUGCCAUCCUUGACACUGGAUGCAAUGCGACGUGCCAUGGAAGCCAAUGGUAUGACCGCUUCAUCAAGGCCACUGGAGCUCCUGAAGCACACCUUGACAACAUCGAGGGCUCCAAUAUGCGUGGCAUUGGUGGCGACAUGAAAGUCAGCGGACGUCGGCUUUUGGAAGUUUGCUUUGAGUUGGCCGACAGCACCUUUGCCCGCGGUACUAUGCCUUCCUUGGAACUUCAAGGAUCCCAAGCACCCUUGCUGCUGAGCCUUGAGACUCAACGUCAGCUUGGCUUCAAGAUCGACAUUCCCAACCAUGUCGUCUACAGUAGCACUCUUGGCAGUGAAUUGAAACUUGUGCAGCGUGAUGGACUUUUAGCAAUUCGACUGAUUCCAAGCUACCUUGGAUUGAGCUGCACACAUGAAUCUGGUGACUCUGGUAAACAACAACUUCAUGGAAAAGAUGCUCAUGGCGAUCACCAGAACACCACACCAGAAGUUGAAGAAGAAGAAGAUGAACUUCCACUCACCCCAGAAGUUCACUUGCCCGUCGAUGAGCUUUCCAAGACCGUCCUCACCAAGGGUCAGAAGAAACAGCUCAAGGAUACUAUCCAAGAUGUCAAGGAGACUGACAAUCACAUGUGGGACUGCCUACGUGCCACACACCAUCUUGGAUUUCGACGGCGCACACUCCCCAAGGGAUGCAAGACCUUUCUGCUAGAGAUUUUUGCUGGAGCUGCUCUUCUCAGCAUGAUUGCGGCAGAUUGUGGUCUACCUGUUUCACAACCUGUUGAUGUCACUCAUGACGGCAUCGACCUCAAAAUUCAUCAGCAUCGUGCCCAAGUUGAACGGCAGAUAGAGGCGGACGACCCUACUGCAUCAGCUUUUCUCCGGUCUGUGGACCGUGGUCACCUUGGCAGUUUGUCAAUGCCAGCCGUGACCCCAGUUUUGCCGAACAUCUCCAUGAUAUUAGAAUGGAAUGGAGACCUGUGA